GCAGCUGUCAAAAGUGUUGCUCCAGCGCCUGUCAGCCCACUACUGAGCAGGUCCGGGCAUUUUCGUCGAAAUGUCAAAACACAACAAAAGGAUGGGUUGACGUAUUUUGAAAAAAGUUUAGCUGUGUGAAACGCAAUAAAAUUUGCAGCUGGUAAACAACCGUGGUGUAUUUGGACGGGCACGCCGUUGCGCGCGUCACAGCGACGAUGAAGGCAAACGAGGUGUGGAACGCCGUUACGAAGGGCGACAUGGAGAAGCUGCGCCAGCUAACCCAUGCAAAGUCACCGCGGCCCGACUUUGGCAAGCGGCUCGACAACCAUCACUGGAACAUCCUGCACCAUGCCGUCGUGAGUCGCAAUCUGGACUGCGUGAAGCUGGUGGUGGACCACUUUCAGCCCGAUACUGGCGCGCAGUGCUACGAGGGUCUCACACCGCUGGCACGCGCCUGCGAGCAGUCCGUGUCGGCCGAGAUUGUAAGCUACCUGUUGCGUUUGGAUCGCGGCGUGGUGAACACGGGGGACACGGAAAGCAUCACGCCGCUGCACUACGCCGUGUCGAACGAUCGGCUGGAUCUGGUCGAGCUGCUCAUCGCGCACGGGGCCGACGUGAACCUGAUCGAUUACGCGGACGAAACGGCGCUCCAUACGGCCGCCUUCGAUACGGGCAAUAUCGAAAUUUUAAUCUACCUACUGUUCAUCGCCAAAGCCAAGUGGCAGUUUCUGACCGAGGCGGAUGAUUUUAACGGCAUAGACAUCUUCAGUGCACGGGGCCCGUGCUCGGCGCGCAACAAGGUGGCUUGCUUCAAAAUUCUGUACAACUACGAGCACCCGGACCAUAUGUAUCGCCAGCGGUACCAGGUGAACGACAUCCUGAAGCCGGCCCUGCUAAGCUAUCGCUCCCAGUCCUCCCUGAUCCCGUAUUUCAUCGAAACGGAACUGAAAUGGGAAAGCCAGGCCCGUGUUCGCUCGCUGUACGAAAGACUGAUUCCCGACUACGAGCUGCUGGCGAUGGUGGUGCUGUGCGAGUGCGGUCCGGUGACGAUCGAGCGCGAGGAGCUCGAGUACACCUGGCCGCUGGUGUGCUGCGUCCCACUGCUAACAGCCGACCUCGUACGGUUGUUAACAUUUUUCAUCCGAGGCGAUGCGAACAGACCGGCCGAGGCGGUGUCGCAGCUGUUGAUGGAUUUUGUAGAAUUUGCUAAAACCUCGCUGAAAACCAUGAAACAAACCGUGCGCAACGUGAUGCCAACGGUGCUGCAGGAGCUGUACGCGUUGGAAGGCGUGAAGCUCAACUCGGUGCUGUUCGAUCAGUACCGCAAAGCCGUCGAGCGGAUGGCGCUCAUGUACGGCAACGAUAUGGAUGCACUCGUUAAACAUUUACUCACCGAGACUGGUCCCGCGAAGCUGGACAUAAUUUUCCCCUGCCUGCAGUACUGCUCGUACGGCUUUCUGGCCCGCCGGGUUAGCGAUGUAAUGGCCAAGCAGCCGUCCUACCAGUGGCUGCUGCAUCGCUUCGGCACCUGGAAAGUGAUAACCAGUAUUUUAGGUAAGCCCCAGUUCGAGCUGUUCUCGCUGAAACGGUUCGCGCGCGAUACCGUCCGUGCGACGGUAUGGCGCUACAUGAACCGCCUGGCACCGGACAAAGUGUACAUCCUGAACGGACGGCUCCAGUCGCUCGAUAUUCCGAACGAAAUGAAACUUUAUCUCAUCUAUAGCGACAACUCGUCGAUGAUGUACUUCAUGUAGAAUGCGUCAAUUGGAAAGUUGGCAUUUGCAUACUUAUCACUGCAUGUAAUUCACGGUAUCGUGUAUAUGUGUGUUUGGCUGUGUAUAUGUGUUAACGCCUGUUGGUAGGCAACUAGCAUUACCGAAUGGGCGAGAGACUAGCGAAACGCCCAAGAUCGUUCUGGAUCACAUAAAUAAUAACAAAUUAUACUCAACCCAGCGCAGAAACAGAAAACAAAAAAAAACAAAAACAAAAACUAACAAAAAAAAGAACAUACAAACAAAACUAUCCACCGAGUUCAGAUGAUUUUACGAUGGCUCGUAAUAGGCUUUUUUACUUGCUUUUUUGUUACACGGCUUCAUUUUUACAAAACAAAAUCAAAUGGUAAAAUGAGGCUUGUUGUGAUCGUGAGGCUAAUUAAAUGAUAAAUGUUUACAAAUAAAUACAUCCUAUGCAACUGUUAAAAGCAAA